AUGAGAUUUAAUGUUUAUUUCCAAAUUUGUGAUAAAAUUAUAAAAACAAUGGGAGCAGGAAUUAAACAAGCAAAAGAAGAAGUUUUGCCAUCACUGAAGGGUGCCAAGAUUGACGAGGCUGUCCAAAGAGGUUUCGACAUUCCAAAUUUCACCAUUAAAGAGAUCAGAGAUGCAAUCCCAGCUCAUUGUUUCGAGCGUGACACUCUCCGUUCAAUGUCAUACGUAGUUCACGAUUUUGUAAUUGCAGGAAUCCUUUUCUAUUUAGCUUCAUACAUUGACUCUAUACCAUCAUUUGCUUUGCGUAUGAUUCUUUGGCCAGUCUACUGGAUUUGCCAAGGUAUUGUUUGCACUGGUCUUUGGGUACUCGGUCAUGAAUGUGGUCACCAAGGUUUCAGCGCCAUCAAAGUAGGUCCGCAAUAUUUAAAUAUUUUAUACCUCGCUCAAAAUAUUAAUAUUUCUGUUAAUUAUGGUAUGGGAAUCAGAGAGUUUGUCGGAUUGCCAGCCAAGAAGAACGAUCCAGAGGGAGAUGGACCACACAAACUCUUUGAUGAAUCACCAAUUAUGACUCUCCUCGAUAUGAUCAAGAUUUUCACUGUUGGUUGGCCAAUCUAUUUGCUUACACAUCUUUCAGGUCAAUCAUACUCUGAGGCAUGGACCAGUCAUUUCAAUCCAACCUGCGCGCUCUUUGAGAAGAAGCAAUUCUGGGAUGUCAUCCAAUCGAUUGCUGGUGUUGCCACCAUGAUUUCCAUUCUCGCCUAUGCCAGCAAGUUGUACGGAUCACUCGCCGUCAUCAAGUUCUACGUCAUUCCAUACUUGAUGGUCAAUUUCUGGUUGGUUUUGAUUACCUACCUCCAACACACCGAUCCAAAGAUGCCACAUUAUCGUGAGGGUGUCUGGAAUUUCCAAAGAGGUGCUGCCUUGACCGUCGACAGAUCCUACGGAUGGAUUCUCGAUUAUUUCCACCACCACAUCUCUGAUACCCACGUUGCACAUCACUUCUUCUCAACCAUGCCACAUUACCACGCCGAAGAAGCCACCAAGCACAUCAAGAAAGUUCUUGGAAAGCACUACAUUUUCGAUCCAACUCCAAUUCCAAAGGCACUCUGGCGUUCAUGGAGAGAGUGUAGAUUCGUUGAAGAUGAAGGAGAUGUCAUCUUCUACAAGCAUUAA